AGUUGACGAGUCGUACAUCAAGCUUUAAGGAGAGUUCCGAGGAAACCAAAUUUUGCGAAAGAAGCAGCAGCAAAUCAAAGGAGAAUUUCUCUUCAUCCACUUCACGUUGUUGUUGGUCUCCAUUUCCAUCUCUUUCAGACUUUUCUCUCUCUCUCACACACACACACAUAUAUGUAUGCGAAAAUUCAAACAUUUACCAUUGCUCGAAACCUAGUGUGCACUGGCGGUAGAGCAAUCGCUAAAUCAUUUGCAUCAAGGAACAUGGCCACCGCCGGCGCCGCAACGGUAGCUCAUCAGAAUCUUAUUAGCGUCGGCAGUAAGAUCAUCGCCGUCGGUCGUAACUACGCCGCUCACGCCAAAGAACUCGGCAACGCCGUGCCUAAGGAGCCGGUGUUGUUUAUGAAGCCCACAUCGUCUUAUUUAGAGAACGGAGGGACAAUUGAAGUUCCUCAUCCAUUGGAAUCACUGGAUCAUGAGGUGGAGUUGGCAGUUGUCAUCAGCCAAAGAGCUAGAGAUGUACCUGAAGCCGCUGCUAUGGACUAUGUUGGAGGCUAUGCACUUGCUUUGGAUAUGACUGCAAGGGAGAUCCAAGCUACUGCAAAGUCUGCAGGCCUGCCAUGGACUGUUGCUAAAGGCCAAGACACAUUCACUCCUAUCAGCUCAGUUUUACCACAGUCGAUGGUGCCAGAUCCCCAUGACAUAGAGUUGUGGCUGAAGGUUGAUGGAGAACUUCGGCAAAAAGGCUCAACAAGAGAUAUGAUAUUUAAGAUCCCAUAUUUGAUUAGCCACAUAAGUUCUAUCAUGACUCUUCUCCAGGGAGAUGUUAUUUUAACUGGGACUCCCAAAGGAGUUGGUCCCGUUAAGGUUGGUCAAAAGAUUGAUGCUGGCAUAACAGGUCUCCUGGAUGUGCACUUUGAUGUUGGACGACGCCCAGGAGCGAAACAACAGUGAUUCACUAUAAGUUAUCUUUUGUAGUUUGUUGUAUACUUAAGCCACUUGUUUGUGGACAAUUCUUAAUUUUCUCUCUCAAGAUUACCCAGAUAUGUUGUACAAUAAUAAAUCCACCAACUUGUAUUUUUUCAAAUAAAAUUACAAGUAGACCGAGGGUCUUUCGGAAAUAGCCUCUCUAUCUCCAUGAGGUAGUGAUAAGGUCUGCGUCUCCGCAGACCUCACUUGUGGAAUUCCACUGGGUUGUUAUUGUUUUUGUAAAAUUACAAGUACAAAUAGCUGCUUCAUUUUUCUUCAGUUAUAUAUGCUUAUCUGUACCCUUUUUAGGUGAAAAGUUCCUUGUGUAAAUGCACUCAGAGCUUUUUGCGUAUCGUUAUUAGUAUCCCGCUGCUAUUUGUAUAAGAGCAUCUGAUUCAGUAGAGCUUAAUCAACUGUGUAGAUUUCUAA